AUGCGCACUGGGACGUGAACUUAGGAGUUGACAUGGAAAAAUACGACUUUGCCGGAAUUUAGCUUGAUAACGUGGUUCUCAGCCACCAUCAAAUUAUACCCAUAUGGUGUCGGUUUAAAAGCAGCUUUAAUCAUCAAAUCACUACCCAUCAUUCCACCUUCCUAAAGUGUACCCAGGGAGGCUGAUAUUCAUCCCUCAAGUUCCCAGGGAUACCUCAGCUUGCCCUGAUGAAAGCCGAGCAAGACGGAGACCUCCUCGAAGAGGACUCUCCUCAGGACAAUGGAGUCCAGACAAACCAGUACAGCUCCAUCUCUCCUCCAGCCUCACCUGUGGCCCAGGAGGAACCUUUUUCUACAUACUUUGAAGACAAGGUUGCCAUUCCCGAAAAUGUCAACCAGGUAUUCAGUUUCCGAAAACUCUGGGCAUUCACUGGACCAGGGUUUUUGAUGAGCAUUGCUUACUUGGAUCCAGGAAACAUCGAGUCUGACCUGCAGUCUGGAGCUAAAGCAGGCUUUAAGCUCCUGUGGGUGCUACUUGUGGCCACCAUCAUUGGGCUGCUGUUGCAGAGGUUAGCUGCACGCCUUGGUGUCGUCACUGGGAUGCACCUGGCUGAAGUCUGCAACCGCCAAUAUCCCACAGUUCCUCGGGUCAUCCUUUGGCUGAUGGUGGAACUGGCAAUUAUUGGCUCAGACAUGCAGGAGGUCAUUGGCUGUGCCAUUGCUCUCAACCUUCUCUCUGUGGGAAGGAUUCCACUGUGGGCAGGAGUCCUCAUCACCAUCACAGACACAUUCGUGUUCCUUUUUCUAGACAAAUACGGCCUGAGGAAACUUGAAGCUUUCUUUGGAUUUCUCAUCACUGUAAUGGCUCUUAGCUUCGGUUACGAGUAUGUGCUGGUAAAGCCAGAUCAAGGGGAACUUCUGAAGGGGAUGUUCUUACCUUACUGCGCCGGCUGUGGGCCUGUGCAGCUGGAGCAGGCAGUGGGCAUCGUAGGUGCUGUCAUCAUGCCCCACAACAUCUACUUGCACUCAGCGCUGGUCAAGUCUCGAGACAUCGAUCGGAAAAAUAAGAAGGAAGUAAAGGAAGCCAACAAGUACUACUUCAUUGAGUCAACUAUUGCUCUCUUUAUCUCCUUCCUCAUCAACGUCUUUGUCGUAGCGGUCUUUGCUGAGGCCUUCUACAAUAAAACCAAUAUGGAAGUGCAUGAAUUUUGCAAUAAAACUGGCAGCCCUCACUCAGGUCUUUUCCCACAAGACAACAACACACUGGAGGUGGACAUCUACAAAGGGGGAGUGGUUCUGGGCUGUGUCUUUGGCCCUGCAGCCCUCUACAUCUGGGCAAUAGGGAUCCUGGCAGCUGGACAGAGUUCCACCAUGACAGGCACUUACUCUGGGCAGUUUGUUAUGGAGGGUUUCCUGAACCUACGGUGGUCCCGUUUUGCUCGGGUGCUGCUGACCCGCUCCAUCGCCAUCACGCCAACACUGCUGGUAGCCAUUUUCCAGGAUGUUCAGCAUCUGACAGGGAUGAACGACUUCCUCAACGUGCUUCAAAGCAUGCAGCUUCCGUUUGCUUUGAUACCAAUACUGACCUUCACCAGUCUGACCUCCAUAAUGAAUGACUUUGCAAACGGAUUGGUGUGGAAGAUUUCUGGAGGCGUCGUCAUCCUGGUGGUUUGUGCAAUCAACAUGUACUUUGUUGUGGUUUACGUCACAGCGCUGAACAGUGUGCUGCUCUACGUUCUUGCUGCUAUAUUCUCCAUUGCCUAUCUUUGCUUUGUGGGCUACCUGGUAUGGCACUGUUUGGUUGCUUUGGGAGUUUCCUGCCUGGACUUUGGCAGCAGGACACAAAUGGGAUUCUCUCGGCACACAGACAUUUACUUAAUGAGUGACAUGGACACUGAUAAUCUGGUAGAGAGAUAGGAGGACACAAAGUGAACUGUGGCGAGGACGACCUGACGACCGGAAGCAUGGGACCACUGAAUAUCGGCCAGUAUGUGUUUUUUGUCUUCACCUCUCUGUGCCUGACGUGUUAUUUUAAAGUGUCCUUACAGCACACAGUGUAGAGCGCCCACAGAUGUCCACUCCUGUUCCAAACGGCGAUGGAUGUUCUUCAUCACAAACGUCUCAACAACCUCAGCUAAAUAAUGUUUAUGCAAAUAAUGGUUAAAUAUCUGUGCUCCAAAGAACUGGACCACUACAAGUGAAUAAAACAAUGACUUCUGUUCAAGUGGAGAGUAAUAUUUGCCAUUCAGACUCUACCGUGAUGAAAGUGAGAGAGACACAGUUUGCUGUUUCAGCCAGUGUUGCAGUAAAGAUGCUGUCGACCUUUAAUAUUGACACCAGGCAGCAGAUUAGACAGUCCUGUGUUUCAAUUAGAUUUCUUUUUAACCUUCAACUUGUGGUUUACCUGACAUGACAUUAAAAUAAAUCAAAUUUUGUCAUUGUUAGACGUCCCCACAGAGUGAGAACAAGAGUGAGAACAAGAAGGCACCAAAACUGUGAGCGUGAUAUUAACACUUUUUAUGUGUUUGGUGCUUUAUUAUAUUUUAUAUUAACAUUGAUCUUGAUGUUGAUAUUAGACUGGUUAAUUGUUAUGAUUAAUAUAUUGAAUAGGAACAUAGCACUUGAAAAACAUACAAGGUGUUGUUUGUGUGAUUAGUCUCACUUGUCCCUGUGUUUUAUACUAUAAAGAAUGACAGUUUUAUGUCAUUUUAUGUACAGUUACAGUCUAUUUUACAUUCUGGGAGUUUCUCUUCUUGGAGGUAAGGUCAGUACGUCCUUUCUAUUUCCAAGUCUUCUGAAGACUUUUAAAGGUCUGCUAAUUAUAAAUUAUUCAAGCCAAGUAAAGCUUAUUAUUGAAUUAAAUUCCUUAUUUCAGUAGUUCUUGGUAGAAAGACACUGUGGCGGCAGACAGAAACAUUAAGCUACGUGUGUAUGUUCAGCACAUGUAUACAUUCACUUUUAAUUAAUUUAUAAAAUUGAGGUUAUAAAUUUGCAGUAGAGGUUUUCAAUAUAAGUGAUCAGUGUAUUUUAUUAAUCAGUUCUCUCACACAGAAUAAUAAUUAGUUAUCUUGUAUUAUUUUUAUUUAAUUCUACUCUCUAUUUUCCAUAAAUGCUACUUUGUCUUGUUUGUAGUUUUAGUGGGUCUUUAUUUUGGUUUAGAAUGGUUUUAUUUUGUUUAACUUCAGUUUUUCUUUUUUUUUUUGAUUAAGCCAAAUGUGUGCAGAGCUUUAAAGUUCACUGUUACAGAACAAUAUAACAUUUAAUUCCUGAAAUGAAUAUGGAUGAAGAAGUUACUAGUUGGCACUUUGGUGUGAAAUAGCUGAGGUACAUUAAAUGGUAAAUACGUGAUGUCCUGCACAAGAUAGUUUUAGUAACAGGACUCUACAGUGUCUACAGUGUACCAGGAGGGUCAGGGGAGUUUGUAAUUGUAAAAAAACAUGAACAAGUUUGACUGUUUCUAAUGUGGGAGACCAGUGUUAGCUUAGCAACAUAGUUCUAAUAUGUGUUAUUGUGCACUUAAUUAACUUGAUCUGUUCAGCGCCUUUCACAAACUGUAUACAGAAAAUAAAAAGAGCACAAAGGAGACAAAUUUAUAUGAAAUAAUAACGCCAAACAAAUACAAGAUCCGUCAUAAAAACACUUCAGAGCUGUGAUUAUGCACUGCUGGUUUGGCCUAAUAAAUAAACCAAACCUUUGUCCUUGACCAAAUAUUCAACUGCACUUGUUAUAAAUCCCGUGCAGAUGACCACGGUGCCUCCUGUGUUCACCACUGUGCCUCUUCACUCUUCAGUCAGAAACAAUUACACAAUAAUACAAGAAACUUACAGUGUUGUAACACUACUGUGGGACUGUGAGUAGAAAUAUUGUAAGAUGUUGUAGUGGUGAGAUAUAGAGAGACUUUAAAUCACUAUAAAUUACUAUACUUCACUAUAAACAAAUCAGAUUUGAUUUAGCCAUUGUGUUCUGCAUUUGCCAUUAUACUUCAUAAUAUUAAUAUUGUAUUUUUCUAGAGAAAUAUAUAUGUAUUUUUUUUCCACUGGGAGAAAAUUAUUAACCUCUUAUGUGAUGAAUUCGUACUUUUAUUUAAACUAAUGUUCUGAUAUCUAUGUCUGAAAUGACAUAGCAAUGGCAAAAAACACAAAUGAACCAGCAUUUGAUUACAAAAGAAAUGGGUCAACAUGUAAAGUAUAAAAGUUGACACUGUAAGCUGAAUGCUAAAAUACUUGUACAUUUGAUGGACUAUUGAUGGGAUCACAGAAGAAAAGCAGUUAAAGUUUAGCAAAUGAUUUCAUAAUUUCAUUUCAUUCAUCUCACUGCAGGACACAUGCUUUUGGUUGAGGAAUAUAAGUCAGCUGUAUAUCAACAUUUGACCUCUGGCGGUGUUAUGCUUCUAGAGAAUUCAUUUAAAAACAUGGUAAUGACCUCUGUUAUAUCAUGUCUUUUUAUUUAUUACUGCAUAAUGUGUUGCAUCUUUAAGUAUUAUAAAGUGUCUGAACAUCUUGGGAACACCUGUUGGGAUUGUCAGAGAUCAUUUCCAUGGCCAGACAGGAAACUGGCACUGUAGGCCUACUGUAUUGUAAGUUCAAUUAAAUGUGUUAUUUCUGAUUUGAUGACAUUUUACAGUAUGAUACAGUGUUGAGACCCUAUUAAAAAGGGUGGUCUUUUUACACCAGAUGUCUUGUUUUAAAUUAUCUGCCAUCUCUGUUAUAUUUUUUGAACACUGUUUUUUCUUGUUGAAUAAUAAAAGUAAAAAAAUAUAGUUGAA